GACGUCGCAAGCUCUGCGGUGGGGAAGUGGAGGCCGCGGCGCGUCUCUCUGCCCUUGACAGCCUUUCGCGUCUCCAUGGCUGCCCUGGUGGCUCUGCACGGCGUCGUCCGCAGGCCUCUGCUUCGCGGGCUGCUGCAGGAAGUAAGAUGCCUGGAACGAAGUUAUGCAUCCAAACCCACUUUGAAUGAAGUGGUUAUAGUAAGUGCUAUAAGAACUCCCAUUGGAUCCUUCCUGGGCAGCCUUGCCUCUCAGCCGGCCACUAAACUUGGUACUGCUGCAAUUCAGGGAGCCAUUGAGAAGGCAGGGAUUCCAAAAGAAGAAGUGAAGGAAGUCUACAUGGGCAAUGUCAUCCAAGGGGGUGAAGGACAGGCCCCUACCAGGCAAGCAACACUGGGCGCAGGUUUACCUAUUUCCACUCCAUGCACCACAGUAAACAAGGUUUGUGCUUCAGGAAUGAAAGCCAUCAUGAUGGCCUCUCAAAGUCUUAUGUGUGGACAUCAGGAUGUGAUGGUGGCAGGCGGGAUGGAGAGCAUGUCCAAUGUCCCAUACGUAAUGAGCAGAGGAGCAACACCAUAUGGUGGGGUAAAACUUGAAGACCUGAUUGUAAAAGACGGGCUAACUGAUGUCUACAAUAAAAUUCAUAUGGGUAACUGUGCUGAGAAUACUGCAAAGAAGAUGAAUAUCUCACGGCAGGAACAGGAUACGUACGCUCUCAGCUCUUACACCAGAAGUAAAGAAGCGUGGGACGCAGGGAAGUUUGCCAGUGAGAUUACUCCCAUCACCAUCUCAGUGAAAGGUAAACCAGAUGUGGUGGUGAAAGAAGAUGAAGAAUACAAGCGUGUUGACUUUAGUAAAGUGCCAAAGCUCAAGACCGUGUUCCAGAAAGAAAAUGGCACAAUAACAGCUGCCAAUGCCAGCACACUGAACGAUGGAGCAGCUGCUCUGGUUCUCAUGACUGCAGAGGCAGCCCAGAGGCUCAAUGUUAAGCCAUUGGCACGAAUUGCAGCAUUUGCUGAUGCUGCCGUAGACCCCAUUGAUUUUCCACUUGCGCCUGCAUAUGCCGUACCUAAGGUUCUUAAAUAUGCAGGACUGAAAAAAGAAGACAUUGCCAUGUGGGAAGUAAAUGAAGCAUUCAGUGUGGUUGUGCUAGCCAACAUUAAAAUGCUGGAGAUUGACCCCCAAAAAGUAAAUAUCCACGGAGGAGCUGUUUCUCUGGGCCAUCCAAUUGGGAUGUCUGGAGCCCGGAUUGUUGUUCAUAUGGCUCAUGCCCUGAAGCCAGGAGAGUUCGGUCUGGCUAGUAUUUGCAACGGAGGAGGAGGUGCUUCCGCCCUGCUGAUUGAGAAGCUGUAGACAACCUGUUUUAGGAGACAGUUCCAUGUGACCGGCUGAAGUAAAUGUGACUCCCUUGGGCCAGGUUAUAUUCAGCAUAAGCUAUUUCAUUUUUUAUUAUUUUCUACUAAAAUUUUUAAAAAAUCAUAUCCAAAAAACACACUUAAAUUACAAAUAAAAAUUUCUUCUUUAUUUUAUUUUAUUUUUUUGUAAACUUAAACAGUUGGAUACUCUAUUAUUUGAAAUACCAAUAUAGGUAUUUGAGGCAUGGCUCAGCAGUUAAGAGAAUUUGUUGCUAGUUGGGUGGUACAUGGCUUUAAUCCCAGCACUUGGAGAUAGAGGCAAGUGGAUCUUUCUGAGUUUAAGGCUAGCCUGGUCCACAGAGCUACUUCUAUGACAGCCAAGAAUACACAUAGAAGUAGAAACUCUGGAAACAAACAAACGAACAAAAGAGCAUCUGUUGCUCACACAGAAAACAUUUGGUUCCCAGGACCCACACUGGGUGACACAGCAGGGAGGACUUGGACACUGCACUGCACGCAGAAACCAGAGAAAUGAGGUCCUGUGCUUUUCUACCUCACUGCUGCCGGUACAGCAGAAGCCAGCCUUGGGGAUAACCUGUAACCGGGUUCUCUCCUGAUGAAGGCAGGGUAAAGUUCCAGCAUUUUUACAUCUAAAUACACCAAAGAAAUGAGAAUAUCACAAUAGCAGCAACAAAGUUCCUUGACUCUCCCAAGCCCCAAAAUAAUCUAACAUCCAUGGACUUCUAUUCUGCCAUUAGAAUGAACACUGGCUGUUUAUGUUUUGUUUUGUUUUCGAACUUUAAUCCUUGGACAGUCAAAAUUGGUUUCAAAUAAAGUUAUGUGAAUGAAAAUUUUAAAAAAUAUGGUUAAGUCUUCCAAGUGAGCACAAGUUAUAGCAAUCUAUGUCCACCAAGCCAACAUAGAAGCUCUUUAAAGGAGUCCUGCAAACAAAACAGAGCAGGAAGCAGCAGUCACAGACCUAAGAGCACAACAAAGAAUACAUUCCAGGAGAGGAACUGAGAGCCAGGAGAGAGACAGACCAUGCCCAACUCAGUAAACCAGAAGAGCUAUAGAAUGAGGAAGGAAGAAAAAAUAGUAUUCAAGCCAGCCAGAGAAUCAACAGAAUUACUGUAAUGAGAAAAUAUCCUCAGCCCAAACUUUUAAUGGGCUCAACAUAAAAUUUAAAAAUACUAUCUCAAAAACAUGAUCCACUGGGUGUGCAUGCCUUUAAAUCCCAGCACUUGGGAGGAAGAGGCAGGAGGAUCCGAGUCUACAUAGCCAGCUUGGUGUACAUAAUGAGUUCCAAGACAGCCAGGACUACACAGAGAAAAAAAUUCUCUCUUGAAAAGAUCAACAAAGUAUUGUCUUACAAGAGACCUCAUUGGCAAAGACUCAUAGACUAAAAGUGGCAGAAUGGGAAGCCACGUGCUCUCAAGUAGCACAAAAUCAAGUAGGUGUAGCUUUGUCCGUCAGUUAUAAAAGCUAGGUUUGAAGCAGCUUGUCAGAGAAGACAAAGAAUGUCACUAAACAUCAAUGAAGGGAACAAUCACCAAGAAGACAGAAGAGGACUGGGGAGGUAGCUCAGUCGGUAGUGUUGGCCCAGCAGACCUAAAGCCCUGGGUUCUUUCUUUCUAUCCCUGCACUACAGAAACAAGCAGGGAAGGAGGUGGAGUAGAGACUCCAUAGAGAGAAACGAACCGAGAAACGAUCCAAAAAACUUGUGGUGUGCUGCAGUUUCGUACCUCUUCAAUGGACUCGGGCUGAUUGGCAAAGUGAUGUCAGCGAGACAGAUGCUCAUGCUGAGACAAGACCCAGGCCCGCAGAGGACUUGGGAUGUUUAGAGGCCUGUGAUGUUAGGCCCAGCAGACAGUGACGGAGGUUUGGUUGGGCUUGCUUAUAUACCUAGCUGUGCAACACUUGUGGGUCUGGAGUCUUCACUGGUAUUUCCCACUACCUCUAGUGGGAGGUGGGCCAAAAGGGAUGUUAAAGCGUUCAAGAACCAUCAUUAAAAAUGGGUGUUG